AUGGCAAACGAUCCCUGGCCCUGGUUGCCGGUCGAGCUGCACACGCAUAUCCUUAGCUUCUUGCCCGCGACGCGCGAUCGUGCCGACCUCAGCGUGAAGACGCUCGUCAGCUACUCCCGAGCCAACUCCUACCUACGCGCCGCAGGAUGUCAGCCUGGUCUCUGGAUGCGCCACUAUCGCGCACGCUACACCGACUGCAUCGCAGAGCGGGAGGUGCAGAGGCGGGAAGUGGCUGCGGACAACUGGCGGGAACUGUACUACGCCCGCCGCGGGCUGGACCACAAGGCACUCGCAUUGGUGGACGAGAUCAGGAGGAACCCAUCUGGGAGGCACGACAAGGCUAGCCUAUUUGCGCGCGAGUAUUCCUUCGAUGCCUUCGACGCCUUGGAACUGGAGGCAGAGCUACCCAUACCAGCUUGCUUCCGCUCUGACGCUCCAGGAGAUACCAGUACGAAGGAUGCAUCAGAAGAGGAGAUACCUUAUGUCAUGUCCAGAAGAUAUUGGGCCAAAGCACUUAUCGGCAUUAUUGCUAGAUGUCAUACAAUCAAGACUUGGGCACGCCUCUUCUCAACCCCAGACAAUGAGAACGAAUCGGUGACUUUCGAGGAGGCUUUGGCGGGCCUAUCCGCUUUCUUUGACGAGUCGCCGAGACAGAUUUCUAGGAUGCUUGACAAAUUCGCAGAAGAUUGCCGCGACUCGCUGACGGACCUGCAUGUCCAGCUUGAUCCCAAAGCAGCAGAUUACGAUCUAGCACAACUGUGCGUUGAGAUCAGAAAGUUCCUCCUUCGCGCAGGCUUUGAAAAUGCCAGAAGCUUUGGGUUCUACGACUUGAUGAAUCAGUUCCCGCAUGCAUUAAUGAAGGAAGGACACCGACAGACGAUCCCCAUGUCGAAGGUCUAUAUGUUCGCGUCCAUCGCUCGCCGACUAGGGAUCCAGGCCUCUCCGACAAAUGCCCCGGGAAAGGUCCUCUGCCAUAUCACAUCCGCAGAACCCGAUGCGCACGAGAUGCUCUUGGACGUGUGCACCGAUAGCUCGCCACACGUCUUCAUGAGCCGGCAGACCGCCGAUAUGCUGCAGGAGCUCGGCCUUGCCCAGGACCUAUCUGAGGACAUCGUUCGUCCGUGCCGCAUAUCGACUAUUCUGCAGCGCGCCGUGACGAACAUUCAGAUUGCCGUACGCUGGAACCAGCGAAUGGCGCAAUCGGCGCAUUUGGAGCGCCUUUCGUGGUGCGAGUAUGCGUGGUCUACCGCAAUGCUGCUCCGGAUGCAGGAGAUGAGAUUGACACCGUCCGCGAUGGAGGCGAAGCCACUUGAUGCGCGCGCGGUGUUCAUGGACACGCUUGCGCCCACCCUCGUCCUCCCCUUCGCACGCUCGGAUCUCGAGAAUCGGUGCAAGAACACGAUAGACCUCGACGAGGAGUUCAUGAAGGUUUACCGGCGGUCCGAGACGCAGCAGCCCAUCAUGUUCUUCGUUGGACAAGCAGUCAAACAUCUGACCUACGAGUAUUUAGGAUGCAUACUGGGUUGGCAUCCUGUCUGUUGGAGGAGCUGGCCAGAAGAGUUCAAAUCCGGCGAUGAGGAGUCGCAGCCAUUUUACUGGGUUCUCACCGCCGACGGCCGCAGACUAUAUGUCCCACAGCAGGACCUAACAGAGGCUUUCGAUCUGGGGCUUUGCAAGCAGAUGCUUGAGAGUCGCACCACAUUCUCACGUUAUUUCGAGGGAAUCCAUGAGGACAAGCAGCAGGGUCGGAGCAGGUUGCUCCUCAGCGAGGAGCUCAAGACGAUGUAUCCCGAAGACGAGAAGGUAUCAGAGAUGUGGGUUGCCAGGAAUCUUCCGUGACUAUCUGGUUUCGUGUUCCACAUGUUUUAGAAUGCUAGAAGAACAUCCUAUUCAUACGGGUUCGUGAUACAGUGAUAGUGUACAUCCGGACAUCAUGAUAAGGGAUGAGACAUCAAGGACUAUGGUGUCGGUGUCGUACGAUAGUGCACUUGGAAUAUACAUAUUUAGCAAAGGC